AUGCCUUACCAUAAGAACAACCUCCCUUAUAUCCGCCGCUACAUAACCACCCACAAUACCGAGGGCGAAUCAGUAUUUCUCUCCCACGCACAGGUUCCUGACUACCUCCCGUCGACACCAAGCGGGGACGAUGGCGAGAUUGCCCUGCUAUACGCUACGACCACCACACCAGCUUCAGUCGAUGCUGAGGCGGACGUCGCCAUGUACGACGAGUUCCUACAUCAGCCUCCAGGAAUAACAGUCGACAAUGGAACCGUUUUCCGUCUAAUUGAUCUCCGUCCGGGAAGGGCGACUCCAAUGCAUCGGACAGUGAGCGUCGACUACGGGGUAAUAAUUGAGGGGGAGGUUGAUCUCUUGCUGGACUCAGGUGCGAGCCGGCAUAUGCAUCGUGGCGAUGUGAGUGUGCAAAGGGGUACUGCACAUUCGUUCCGGAACCGGAGUGAUACAGAAUGGUGUCGCAUGCUGUUUGUAUAUUUACCAAUGCAGAAGGUGAAUAUUCAAGGAAAGGACCUGGAAGCGGAAGUAUACGAUGAGGGAUUUGACAGACCAGAUAAGGAGGAGGGACCUGAAUGUGGGGGUAUUUGA